AUGGCUGACUCAAAGGUGGUUGCCUUGGCCGUUUAUACCUUUUCCUUGGCUUGCUUGCUGGGUCGUCAGUUUUUGCACCCGGAAAAGGCGCCAGUUGACCUAGUUUUCCCCUUCUUCACUGUUCUCCAGUUGGUGUUCUACUGGGGAUGGUUGAAAGUUGCAGAAGCCAUGAUUGAUCCGUAUGGAGAAGACGACGCAGACUUCGAACUCAACUUCUACAUUGACAAAAAUCUCAGCACAUCUUACGUCAUUGCCGACGAGGCAAUGCAAGCCGAUUUCCCGGAGCUUGUCAAGGAUGCCUUCUGGGACAAGACUGUUCCUGAACACCUGCCCCACACGGCGGCGUCCAAGGAGUCCGAGCCGGACGCCGUGGACCUCACGGGCCUCAUGGAAGACUUGCCGCCGACCAUAUCCAAGUGGCGCCAGUCGGAAGAGACGGGUCCGCGGAGACGGCGCCUGUCCAAGCGCAACAUUGUGAACUCGAUCCGACGUCGGAGUCGCGGCGCCGCUCGUCGCUUUGCCUCCAUAGGCGCCAUCCACGAGGUGGACGAGCCACGGCUCUGCGACGGCGGCGAUGUGGAGCUGCAGGCCGAGAAACUCGACGCAUUCCGGAGUCUAUCGACCUACAUGUGCUCACUUCAGACAUGA